AUGGCCAGCAUACAUGUCGAUGACACUAGGUAUGCUGGGGACGAGACCAGUGCGGUCAUUUGGGAGCAGCUACACAAGCGGCUCAAGUUUGGCUCGGUGCGGAAGGCCACAGAAGGCUGGCAAAAGUUUUGCGGGCGAUGGGAGCGACAGGAUCCUACCACUCUGGAGAUGGAGAUCAGCAUGCAGGGCUACAUCGAUGGCGUCCCCACCGUGAAACAGCGGGUGGUCCAUGGUGAUCAGUCGUUGACGCCUUUGACCGAUGGCGAGAAGAAGCUCAUCAGCUCGGUGGUUGGUCAGUUGAACUGGGCUGCUCGCCAGGGUCGUUUUGAUCUCUGCUUUGGUGCCUCGCUGAUUCAGCAGCUUGCCGGUCAAGGACGUGCCGAGGCGCUGAAGUGGGUAAACACUGUGGUACGCAGGGCAAGGGAGCCUCUGCAACUGAAAGUUCCGUGUCUAGGGUGCCCUUUGUCGGAGAUGGUGAUCCUGGCAGUGAGCGACGCUGCCUAUGGCGCCAUGCCAAACGGCUCUAGCCAAGGAGGCACGAUGGUGAUGGUGGCCAAUCCCAACGUGCUCGAGGGCGAGGCUCCCGUGUGCAUCCUGGAGGCGAUCAGCUCGAAGAUCCAGCGGGUGGUGCGAUGCUCAAUGUCGGCCGAGGUUUCUUCCCUGGCGACGGCCUUUGAACACGGAGACUACGUGCGGGCCGUGUUCGUGGAGUUGGUUCACCCGCGGUUCGAGCUCAAGCGCUGGAAGGUGUGCGUUGCACCAUGGCAGCACAUCUUAGUCACCGAUGCCCGGACCGGCUAUGAUGCAGUGAAUUCCGAGACUCUUCCCACGGACCGCAAGAUAGCGAUCGACGUUGGUGUUCUUCGUCAAGGCUUGGUGGAAGAGGGGAACGGCUGCAAGGUCCGCUGGGUUCCAGGCAGUCAGAUGCCAGGUGACGGCCUGACCAAGUGGCACCACAACGGUGUUUUGACUACGGUGAUGUCCUCUGGGCUAUGGUCUCUACGCGACACAGCUGAGGCUCAGGAGUUGCGAAAGGUGGCUGCCGCAAAGCGGGCAGCAUGGCGUCGUAGUGCCAAGGCCACCGACUCAUGA